CAGAAUGUAAAGGUCGUGAAACAGAGGAAGCAAAGCAGCACAAGAAGAAGAAGAACAAGAAGAAUAUUAUCCAUCCAUCCAGACACCACCAAGCAUUCCUUUUCUCUUGAGAUCCAUUUGUGUUCCAGAAACAAGAAGAUCGCAGCAGCCAUGGGCAGAUUCAGUGAUGCUCCAGUCAUUCACCAGGAAGAGGAAGAUCUGUUCGAGACCUCGUCCUCCAUCUCCGGCGACGACUCCGACGACGAGGCCCGGCUCUCGGAGUUGGAGGGUCUGCAGGUGGCGCCCAAGACGGUGCGGAGACUGAACUCGGAUAGCGUCUACAACAUGUCAUCCAUGAAAUCAGAGCUCCCUGUCAAGAAAGGGUUGUCCAGAUACUACGACGGCAAGUCCCAGUCCUUCUUCUGCAUGUCCGAGGUGCGAUCCCUAGAGGAUCUGCCCAAGAAGAGACCUUCCAAGGAGAUCAGGAGCCAUGUAGAUCUAGACGAUUCCAACCAGGAAGCCUGCCCUGCGCCUGGUCCCAAAGGCAAGACCUCUGGGAGCUCCUGCGCGAAUCUGAUGACUCGGAACAGCGCCGCCGCGAACUUGCUCUACAGGGCUCCGGCGAUCCCCGUCAACAAGAGCGCGUACCAUCAGUAGUAGGUCAGGUCGCGACUGAGAUGUUUGUCCACCCAGCGGCAGCGGCGCGGCUUCACCUCUCUUCUUUGGUCUCGAGGAUUUUUCUUGAUGGGCGUAUUAGCCUGUCAGAUGUAAGAGGUGUUUUUUUUUUUCCGUUUCUCUGCCUGAUGUCGGCAGAGUCGUAUUGUUCAGGAAGAGAUUGAUUCAAUGUGUAAGUAGGUAGAGCAAUUGUAUACCCAACAUUUGUUUUGCCGCAGUGGCAGAUUAACAACAAUCCCUGUAAAUACCAUGGUACAUGAAUUUUUCCCCUC